GGUGCGCUCCAGUAGUAUUGAAGGAAAAGCUGCCCAGCUUGUUUAUUUUCACGGACGGCGAGCAGCGUAGAGGCGCAGGCCCGCACUGCAGACCUCCGAGCGGUUACUUUUCCUUAAUUUCCACUAAGUAACAGUCCAGUAGCUCUUGGCCAUGGCUCUGUGCGGGGGUGUCGGAGCCUUGGCCUUACCCAGCGAGCUCAUCGUCCACAUAUUUUCCUUCCUGUCCCCCCGGGACAAGCUCCGGGCCUCCGCCGUGUGUUCCCGCUGGAGGGAGUGUCUGUUCUACCCAGCGCUGUGGACGAAUCUGAAACUGCGUGUCGGUGGUGGCACUAACGGCGGGGGUUCGGGGUCCGAGGAGACCCCCAAGCUGGAGUUUCUCAUGCGGAAGUUCGGGUCCUUCGUCCGAGAACUGCAGCUGGAGUUCGCCCCUGUGGAGGGUUGCCUCCCGCUGCACGGAGUGGAGGCGCCGCAGAGCGACCCCCGCUUCCCCGAUCAGUGGAAGGAUGCCGUGAAGAUCUACCUGGACCAGGUGCUCUGUGUGCUGCGCGGCCUGCGGAACAACAGGAACCUAAGGAAGCUUAGCAUGUACGGCGACACCUGUAUUCUACAGGAGGAGGGGGUUCUGGACAGCCUUCAUCUUAGCCAGGUCGACCAGGGUGGGAAGAAAAUCAAAGAAAUCCAGCGACUGUUUGGGGAAAUCCUGGCUGAUAGCCGGCAGCUGAACUGGCUGUCCUCAGCAUUCAUGCUGGGUAUGGUGACUCCCAGCUCCCUGGCGGCUGUGUCCAAUGCUAGCGCCGGAUCUCUGGAGCACCUCAGUCUGCUGGACAACCAGCUGGUGCCGCUGCUGGGGGUGGUGGAGCUGGAGCGGCUCCCACACCUGCAUUCCUUGGCGCUGGACUUCAGCGACUUCAGUGCCACCAUGUGUCACCUGCUGUCAGGUGGUGACCGCGUGCCCCUGCACCGCCUUUCCCUGCUGCUCAACGGCGGCGCCCUAGCGGGCAAGCCUCUGAAUGGCACCCCGGCCGACGACGACUGGAAGGCCCUGGUACGCCACAGCGCCAACCUGCGCGUCUACAUCAUGGCCCUGGACACCGGCAGUCAAGACCUGCUGGCCAUCUUGAAGCCUAGCAUUCCACUGGAGAGGAUCCACUUCGACAGCUACUCUGCCUCCACCAGUGAGGCGACGGUGGAGCUCAUCUCUCUGCAGUACCACAAGACCCUCACCCAUUUCAUCCUCAUGAGGGACGACAGCGGCUUCCCAGACCUCAGUGACAAUCGCAACGAGGAUCCGCUCGUGCUUCUGGCUUGGCGUUGUAUCCAUCUGUCUGUGCUGGUCAUCCAUGGUUACACGGUGUGGGCCCACAACCUCAUCGCCAUCUCACGCCUGCGUGGCUCCAACCUGAAGGUGUUGGCCGUGUCGGAGGAGAGCAUCGACUUUGACCCGUACCAGACCCUCUCCGUGGAGGAAGACCCCGUGCACAACCUUAUCAAGGAGGUGUCUCUGGGACUGGGCCGCGUCUGGCACCCCGUGAUGGACGCCAGCAUCGUUCUGAGCGAGCCCACACAGCACUUCUACCGCGAGGUGCAGAGCUUCAGCGAGGGCAUGUAACUUCUCGCGACCUCGCCUGUCCCCCUCCCCCCGUGUCCGCCCUCAGACCCUCCUCCCCCCGUGUCCGCCCUCAGACCCUCCUCCCCCCGUGUCCGCCCUCAGACCCUCCUCCCCCCGUGUCCGCCCUCAGACCCUCCUCCCCCCGUGUCCGCCCUCAGACCCUCCUCCCCCCGUGUCCGCCCUCAGACCCUCCUCCCCCCGUGUCCGCCCUCAGACCCUCCUCCCCCAUUCCCAGACACUGACAUUGCCCUCACAUGUAAUGCCUAUGCUAAAUGCUCUUUACGUACUAGGCCCUGUCUCAUUUUAUGUUUUUUUUUUCCCCCCAAUUUUUUUUGUUUUCUGUAGUGAGAUCUAACCCUUUAUGUGCUGUUAACCUAGUAGUAGCUCUAUAUUUAUAUCUAUCUAUAUAUCUUGCUUCUGAAGAGUAUAGUCGGUAUUGGUUUAGUAGCUAAUAAGCGUGUGUGGGAGGGGCUUCUCUGUCUGGCUUAUGAUAUGUGCUGCGUUUUGUUCCGCUCUUAUGGAUGAGUAUAGAGCUGCAGAGAGCUAAGGCUAUCAGUUUGUCCGUCCCUGCCUUUUUAAGAUGAGUAAAAUCCUUUGUACUCUUACCUUUGACGAGGCUUGCGUCUUCCGGCCUAGGACGGAGCACUGAUGGCUACCCCUCUGGGUCUAGAAUAUUCUUUUUAAACCGCGUGUUAGCUCUUUGCGAUGAUCCUACGUUCAGGACGCUGGUCCUGCUGGUUUUUGUUAUCUGGAAGCGCGUUUUUGUGUCGAUGGGGCCCGUCCACCCUGAACGCAGAUGUUGGAGGCUGGACACUAGGUCCGCUGCGGAGCUCUGCAGGAUUCCAGGGCUCCUUCUCAAGUCGCCCCCCCACAGGGGGAGAAGGGGGGUCGCUCGCAGUCCCUCGAAAUACCUUUGGUCUGCCUCUGCUAUCAGCCAGGCACUAUGUGAGACUGUUGCGAUGAGGAUGACCACAAUCCGUGAGGCAGUUUGCCGGUUUUUCCGUUUGCUUGGGUAGUCUAGAGUCACAGUUGCCUUGAACGCCUCCUCCUCCCCCCCCCGCCCACCCCCGUAUCUGUUUCAAGGUCUACAGGUCUCAUCUGUUGAGCUUUGGACAGAAGAACAAAUAAGCUGGCCUGUUCUGUAUCUCAGGUACUUCUACGAUGAAGGCUGUUGUGCCAUUUGGGGGCUGAACUCAUCUGAAACCUUUUUUUUUUUUUUUUCCCCAUCUCUGUCAUUCCCUCACUUUCGUUUAAAAGGUGAACAUCUUCAUUGUGUCUCUGAGACUUUUAAAUGAGCUUCAAUGGUAUAUUUGCUGUUUUAAAUCUCAGUAAAGAGGGAACAUGGUGCUUCGGAGGCUUAGAAUGUAAAUAUGAAUUUGGUAGCCUUUUUAAUGGCAGGCCUGUAGGUUUGAUCCUACAGCGGCCCCUCCUGAUGGCAUUUUUCUCUUUGCUUGUCUAAGUGGAGCAGUGUUCCACUAAGGUACAUCGAUGGAGGUCAGCUGAUCCCCAUUGUUGCGUGUUGAUAGACCUUCCUCAGGAGGCACUGAAUGGUUUGGUCCAAAUGUUGGCGUGGUCUCGUUGGAGAACCUGCUCUGUAGGUCCGUGUCAGUUGUUAGACCAAAGCAAGUUGACCAGUGUUUCUGACCCAUUGGUCUGUAUCAGUUGAGGCCGACGUGUAAAGAAGUUAAAGGCGCUAGGGUGGGUGGGGGGUGGGAGGAGGAUGUUGUUGGUCCAAAUAACAAGGCGAUCGACCUGGUUUCGGAACAGCCCGCAGUGUUACUCUGGACAUGAAGGGACAUGAAGCCAGUGGUUUACACAUGACAGGCCCAGAGUAAGACUGAGCAGAGAUUGUUUCUAUAUAAAUUUGCAAUUUUCCUUAAUCACACCAAAAAGUGAUAACGGGUCGUUAAGUUGGAGGCAAGUGUUACAUGCGUGGAACUAAUCAAAUUUGUUAACUGUUGGAGCUAGGGGAGCAGCAGUUAAUCCAGUUCCUCAAGCUACUAACUGAGGCUACUAAUCUCUGCAGCCUGAAGCCACGUAGCUUUCGGUACCAAACCCCCCACCCCCCCCCCAGUGUCAGAACCACUCUUCUGUUGUGUGAUUUCACGUCUAGUGUAGUAGUAGCAACUGGACCUCUGUCUUAAAUGCCGCUCGCUCGCAUAAUUCUCCUGUGUGUUAAAUUGAGACGCGCUGAAGUAGGAAGAGGGGAGGCCAGUGCAUAUGGUGUACCGCUUUGUCACCAGUGAACAACGGGAAACACCUUUCUCAGGGUUAUAGUCAGAGCGAACCAGGUGGGGCUGCACUGCUAAGACCUGAACCACAGAAGCUAGUCGUGGAGGAGAGUAGAAACAAGUCACUGGAUUUCACGUGCGUCGGUGUCCGUAUCAGCUGCUGACGACACAGCGUUCGCCGAGCACCCACACCCUGGCGGGCAAGAGGGGGGCACGUGCCUCGGGCUCAAGUUGAACCGGUGCGUGCACAGCUGUGCUCUGGCUUGGUCACCAACAGUAGGACUCUAACAAUGCACCUGUUUCACUGUGAAGAGUGAAUGUAGAAAGUACAAUGGCAAAUCACUAGGUUGGUUCUAUCAAACCUGUACGCUGCUAUGAGACGUUGUAGGGACAUUCCACUGGGGGGAUUUCCAACCAACACGAGGCCAAAUGUCUGCAUGGAGCUUAUUUUUUUACUUUCUUUUGCAGUGGGAUCCAGUUAUUAGCCUGCAACUGGUCUGUCAUAAAGCCUCCAUGCGUGUUUCUGUGUCGCAGGCAGGCUCCGUCUUCAUCCACCGCGGUCAAGUUGGAAUCUCUAAGACCAGUUGUCCCUUAAGCUUGGAUUCCUUUUUUUUUUUUUUUUAUCUCGUGGAAACUGUAUGCAUUCACAAUCUGAAUUCUCUCACUGGAAAGCAGGGAGUUAAGACAGCGAGCGGCUUGGAUAUCAGUCUCGAGCGGGUACUCGGUCGCCUCUAAGGUGGCGUUCUCGCUUCCACCUCCGCUGCAGCUCGUCUUGUGUCCAUCCCACAUGGAGGGCCCUUAACCGAUUGGCGAGAGAGCGGCCCGGAGAAUCCCAUAAGUGCACUAGGGUCACGGGCUCGCUGUGCUGUAGGCUGGGGUGAACGGGAGGCCGCAGGUCAUGAGAGAGCAGAUAAACUAUGCAAGAGGAUACACAUCGUCGACCCGCCGCUCCUGUUUUCUGUCACUUACAAACGGAGAGAUCUUACCUGCAAAGAUACUUGGCCUUAUCGUUUUAAAACCUUGAUUCUUCGUAAGCCAACUCGGUUUCGGGGGCAGCCGUAGGUACGGACGUGGUCUCUGUGAGACUGGCCGUCUGGCCCCAGUUUUAGUGGUACGAAUGUUGUGCAUUUGUUUAAAAUCAGGACAGUUUGCAAUAAAGUCAAAGUGGCCACCAUGGGGAACUAGCAGUGCUAAAACCUGGCUGCUACCUUGUAAACUUCUGGGAUCACAUACGCGUGCAUACACACACGCACACACCCACAGUGUGUAUAUAUACAUAUGCCAGUAUAUGUAUGUAUUGGCACACGUCCGGAUUCUAUUUAUGAACAUGAAAAGUUUAUAAAGCGUUAUUUACAGAAAUGGUUUUACCAUCUUAAAUGUUUAAUAUUUGGACAGUGUUCUGUCUGCCUUUUUGUCUCCAGUGAGCACAUAGUGUUGGAUUUUAUAUGUACAUCAGCAGAGGGGAGUUUGUCCCAGUGGGGAUUAUGCUGGGUGUGGGAGGUUUUAAUCGAUCGAAGGCGAUCAGAGCUUAAUUAAAAAGAUGGGGAAACACAUUCGAGAAGCUGGAGCUGACCGUGUAAACCAGCUGAAUACCGAGUCUAUGUUGAAUGGAUGCAUUUUCUUUUAAUCCGUGAAUAAAGCAUUAAAAACGGC